AUGAAGAUUCCAGUAUUGCUUGCAACGUGCCUCUACCUUUGCGGAUUUGCGUCCGCCGGUUUGGAGGGGCCGGGCAACUCGUUGCCCGAGCUCGUGAAAGGUAGCGCAUCGGCCACCGCGUCGACCGCUGUGACCGCUAGAUCAGGACUUAGAGCCGGACAAGUAGCUUUAGCUUCGCAGAAGGAUGCCGUACUCCAAGCUCAAGCUGCUGCAUCCGCCGCGUCAGAGGCGCGCGCUGCUGCCGAUCUGACGGCUAAACUUAGCCAAGAAUCGGCAUCAGUGCAAUCGCAGGCUGCCGCCAAAGGGAAGGAAACGGAGGAGGCAGCUGUUGGUCAAGCUAGGGCUGGCCUCGAGUCGGUGUCCAUGGCCGCAUCAGCCACAUCUGCUGCCAAAGAAGCAUCGACCGCCGCCAAAGCCGCAGCAUCCGCACUAUCCACAGCCGUGGUGCAAGCGAAAAUAGCUGAGAGGGCAGCCAAAGCUGAAGCUGUUGCCUCGGACGAAGCCAAGGCCAAGGCGAUUGCAGCAGCCAACUUGGCGGCUGAGGCCAGUGUAGCCGCAGAAGCAGCUCUCAAGGCCGAGAAAGUGGCCGAAGAAGCCAUCGCAAGAGCAGCCUCCGCAAAGGCUGCCGCAAGAGCUGCUGCUGCCGCUCUAGCCUCCUCGAAGGAAGCAGCCACGGCCAGCGCGAGAAACGCCGCGGAAUCCGAGGCCAGGAACGAAGUAGCUGUAUUGAUCGCCGAGAUUGAUAAAAAGAGUAGGGAAAUCGACGCAGCCAGUUCGCUUAAUGCGCGUGCCGCUGCCAAGGCAAGCUCCAGGAACGUAGAAACGGCGACAAUCGGGGCCAACAUCAACUCUUCGAAACAAGUCGUGUCAAUUCCAGUGGAAAUAAAGAAAUUCUCGGAGCCGGAAGUGUCAACAUCAUGGAGAGAAGAUGAAGAGGUUACGAAAGAGAAGAAGGAGCACAUAAAUCUGAACGACUUCGACUUGAAGAGCAACGUAUUUUAG